CAAAUUAUCGGGGUUUCAACACCUUUGACAACGUGUACAUUCAACAGCUGGUUGUGUUUACUUCUUUAUUAACAGCAAUACCACAUCUAUUGUUUGUUUGGAUUCCUUCACUUUAGGACUAAAGUCAUAAUUUUACCGUGCAAUCUGUUGUAAGAAUGGCCCAAGUUCUUGGCGUAAUAGUCCUGCUGAUGUUGGCAAGUUUCCAAAUUGUCAACGCUGACGAUAAAGUAUGCAACGACAAAUCUUUCCUAGAUCCAUGUGGUCCUCCAGAAGAAGGCAGUGCAUGUAUUUGUCCAAACGAUAAUAUAAGGGUUGUUAGUAAUAACGGACAGUGGAUUUGCCCAGGCGGGCUGAACUUUGUCUGCAGACGUCUCGACUGCUUUCCUAUCUCGAGAAGAUCAUCUAAGCCGAAGAAGUUAAACGGAGAAUAUAUAGUUUGCGUCAAUGAUGAUGAUUGUGGACAAAACUAUAAGUGCUCCAACAGUAAUUAUUGUUGUCGCAUAGCAACCGGAAAGAAUGCAACAUGAUAGAUCUGAAAUAAUAAUGUUUUUCUGGCCGACUGACUUCACCUAUUUGACAUAACCAAUGGACUGAUCGACUUUGAAAGAGCAAUUAAAUGAUUCUUAAAGCAU